AUGCUUUGGAAAGAGCCUCUGGCGAACCUUCAACUUCGCAAAUCCACGCGCGAUAGGAUUCAUCUGCCCAUUAGAACUUACAUCAUGUGUCUGAGCGAUGAAGCGAAAAUCAUCCUUUCCAAAUGCGGGAUAUCGUCGACGCUAAAAAGAGGAACGAUGUUCGAUUACGCAUCAUUCUUACAACGUUUGGAUAAUGUGAUGUUAUCCAACGCAACGGAAAGGUGGAUAGAGAUGUGUAAUACGAUACCAAAGGAUGGAAAUCAUUUCAUUUCGAUCUUUCAAAAUUAUCAAUUAAUCGAACAAUUACUCAGGAUGUUUAUGAUGAGGUGCAAGAACCUUAAAGAACUUCGAUUAAAGAAAUCGAAUCAAUUGAGUUGUCCUGCGGAUGCGCUUUUGCAACUUCAUUUGUUGCCCGGGGCGGAAGUUUCAUUGUCAGCCCUCAGGGAAUUUUCAUUUGACGGGUGCAUGCAAUCGGAAAUCUUGUCCAAGGCAUCGGAAAUUAGCAAGAACAUUCAACAUUUACAAAUUGAUUGCGUGUGUAAUGACAACGAAGGGUUGGCAAAAUUAAUUCGAGCUCAACAGAAGCCUUUACUCGGUUUAUCGAUAGAAUCCAUGACCCUCAAUAUUCCAAACAUUAAAAACGCUUUAAAGAAUAAAGUCAAUUCUCUUACUUCAUUAUCUAUCAAUAGAAUCUUUUCAUUGGACAUUUUCUCCAAUUGUAGUAAUUUGGAAACGUUAAUAAUCAUGCAUAGAGAACGUUUUAUUGAGAACCUUAUGGAAAGAUUUGUGAAUUCCAAAUUUCCAAAGUUACGUGAACUUCAACUUCAAAUCGAUCAUCCCUACCUUUAUCAGAUUUCAACAUUGAUUAAGAAUACGAAUGAAAAUUUAACGAGUAUUUAUUUAAAUUGGGUCGUUCCAGAGGAUACCAAGAAUAUUUUAUUAUUGUUUUCUACGAUAACCACGCAUUGUCCUAACCUUACCGAGUAUCUUGGAACUUUUGCGAAUGAUUUUAUACCCUACUUACCUUUAUUCUUCGAAAAGUGUUCCAAAUUGGAAUAUUUUUACGUUUAUGAUGAUAAUUCGACCUUUUAUGAUUUAAGCAACGUGAUGAAGUUGAUCGCUAACGUAAUACCGAAAAGAUUGAAAAUGAUGUGGUUAUCCGAAAGUUGGAUGUGUAAUGUUGAAGCUUUGAAUGUGUUCCUGGAAGGUUGUGAGAAAAGAUUAUGUGAACCCUUAUUAUUUUUUAUAUGCAACAGAACAAAUCAACAUAUUGAUCUUAUCAGAAGAUAUGUUGUGAAAAAUGUGUUAACAGCAAAUAGUUAUAUUAUCGAUUAA